AUGGAUGACAUCUCUAGUGCUGCAACGAAAGUGAACCCGAUAGUAGACACCAUCAUCACUAUGGUGUCAAAGAAAGACCCUCUGUUCUUCAACAUGGAGUGGAUGUCCACUGGGAGCUAUUAUGAAAAAGUGAAGAUUUCUAAACCAAAUGAGUUUGAUAUUAUGUUGAAAAUACCAAUCUCUGAUGAUGAAAGAAUUGGUUUUACAGAGUUUGAUAACAGUGGAGCUUACUAUACACUAAACUGUAAACGCAAUAAGGCAAACCAUAUGGAGAAGUAUAUAGACGAUGAUGGAAACAUUUCUGCCAAAAUAAUUCUGACAGAGUUCAGAAAGCUUGUUAAAGAAGCAAUAUCAAUGUCAGGAAUGCCAGUUUCUAUAAAGAGAAGAAAUCCUUCCAGCCCUGCUGUGACUCUCACAAUUGAGAAUAAGCCAACAAACAUAGACGUGGAUCUUGUCAUUGCCUUAGAAAUCAAGCAGAGCUGGCCAGAAAAGACAAGAGAUGGAAUGAAUAUAGGCAGCUGGCUGGGAACAAAGGUGAAGAGAGAUUUCAAGUUCCUUUCGUUCUAUAUGGUACCUAAGCAAUGCAAUGAAGGAAAAAAAGUCAAAGCAGAUACCUGGAGAAUUUCAUUUUCACACAUUGAAAAGGAAAUCAUGACAAACCACGGGAGCUCCAAAACCUGUUGUGAAGCUGAGGGAAAGAAAUGCUGCAGGAAACUAUGCCUUAAACUGCUGAAGCAUUUACUGGAUCUGCUUAAACAUAAUGGAAGACAGCAAAAAAAAAACUGGAUAAAUUCUGUUCAUAUCAUGCAAAGACUGCCUUGCUUCAUCUAUGUGCAAAAUAUCCUAGAGAUGAAGAAUGGAAAUUAG